AUUGAUAAGUAUCUCCGUGCGAACAGUUACAGUUAUGUUAUAAGAUUUUCCAGUUCUAAGUAUAAACAAAUCAAUUUUCUGAGCAAAUCUCAACAAAAUUUCUUAGAAUUCUAACAAUGGCGGAUCCAAUCCCAGCGCAUCACAGAUCCACCACAAACCUCUUCUCCGACCCACUCGACUCCCAUCCUCUCUGGUUCAAACCUACCUCCUUCCUCUCCCCUGACUUCGAUUCCGAAUCCUACAUUUCCGAACUCCGAACCUUCGUCCCAUUCGACACUCUCCGAUCGGAACUCAACAACUAUCUCUCGUCGCUAAAUCACGAGCUCAUUGAUCUAAUCAAUCGCGAUUAUGCUGAUUUCGUUAAUUUGAGUACGAAGCUUGUUGAUGUGGAUGCGGCGGUGGUGCGGAUGCGGGCGCCGCUUGUUGAGUUGAGGGAGAAGAUUGAACAGUUUAGAGGUUCUGUUGACGUUUCGCUUGUUGCUAUAAAGAAUGGUUUGAAGCAACGAUCUGAAGCUGCUUCUGCCAGAGAGACUUUGGAGCUUCUUCUUGAUACAUUUCAUGUUGUUUCCAAGGUUGAGAAACUAAUAAAGGAGCUGCCUAGUGUACCCUCUGACUGGUCAAAUGGAGAUGUGAAUUUGUCGGAGAAAAAUCCAUCAAGCAAUGGGGUUUCUGUGCAGCAAGUUGAAAAUGGGACAAGUGUCAGAGAGACUCAAAGUAUGCUGCUGGAAAGAAUUGCCAGUGAGAUGAACCGGCUAAAGUUCUAUGUUACACAUGCGAAGAACCUGCCUUUUAUUGAGAAUAUGGAGAAGAGGAUUCAAAAUGCAAGCCUACUAGUAGAUGCAAGCUUGGGACAUUGCUUUGUAGAUGGUCUAGAACACCGGGAUGCAACUGCAAUUUACAAUUGCUUACGUGCAUAUGCUGCCAUUGAUAACACCAAAAAUGCAGAAGAAACUUUUCGAGUGACUGUUGUGGCUCCAUUGAUACAGAAGAUUAUCCCACAUGGGUCAUCGGCUGUGGCUUCUGGAUCAUCUGGGGAUGGGCUUGAAAAUGAUUAUCAAUUAAUUAAGGAGUGCGUUUAUAAAGACUGUAAAUUUUUAUUGGAUAUUUCUUCAGCUGAAAAUUCAGGUUUACAUGUCUUUGACUUCUUGGCCAACUCAAUCCUUAGAGAGGUUCUCUUUGCUAUUCAGAAGGGAAAGCCAGGUGCAUUUUCUGUUGGAAGACCAACAGAGUUCUUGAAAAAUUACAAAUCAAGCUUGGAAUUCUUGGCUUAUCUUGAAGGCUACUGUCCGUCUAGAUCUGCCGUUGUUAAAUUUCGAUCUGAAGCAAUCUAUACCGAGUUCAUGAAACAAUGGAAUCUUGGAGCGUAUUUUUCUGUGAGGUUUCAGGAAAUAGCAGGGUCUUUAGAUUCUGUGCUGACAACAUCCAGUCUUGUCCCUGUCCAAAAUUUAGAUCCCGGCGAAGCAAAUUAUCAAGACUUAAAACUAAAACAAAGUGUAUCUCUGUUGGAGAGUUUGGGAUUGUGCUGGAGAGAAGAUAUUCUUGCCCUUUCUUGUUCUGACAAGUUCCUUCGCUUAUCCUUGCAGCUUCUUUCUAGAUACUCAACAUGGCUGUCAUCUGGACUGACUGCACGGAAGAGUCAUAAUACAAGCACCGGCACUGGGCGCGGAUGGGCUGUUUCAGCUGCCAUAGAUGACUUUAUCCUUGUUAUUCAUGAUAUAAGAUGUUUGGAGGCGCAUGUUCGUGGUGAUUACUUACAACACGUGGUUCAAGUUUUAUCUUCAUGGUCCCCAGAUGUCCUUGAAUCAGUAAGGCAGAGCAUUUUACAGAGUGGUGAAUCCUUGAAAUCUUUAGAACCUUUAGUCAUCAAAGCAGUGGUGGAGUCACUGGUGGAAAAAUCAGUCGAGGACUUGAGACAGAUGAAGGGGAUAACAGCAACUUACAGGAUGACCAAUAAGCCUCUACCUGUUAGGCACUCACCAUAUGUUGCAGGAGUAUUACGUCCUCUAAAGAUGUUUUUGGAUGGGGAAAGAAUCUCAUAUUUGGCAAGCGAAACCAAAAAUGAAAUACUCCUUUGUGCAGCAACUGACAUUACUGACCGUUAUUAUGAAUUAGCUGCCGACCUUGUUACUACGUCAAGAAGGACAGAAUCUUCACUACAGAAAAUUAGACAGAGUGCACAGAGACGAGCAGGGACAAGUUCUGGCAUCUCCGAUAAUAAUGUGUCUGACACUGACAGAAUGUGUAUGCAGUUCUUCCUUGAUAUUCAGGAGUAUGCCCGUAAUCUCUCUGCGCUAGGGAUUGAAGCAAGCAAUAUUGCAUCCUAUCGUUCAUUAUGGCAGUGUGUGGCUCCAGCAGAUAGGCAGAACAACAUUAAUUUUUAAGAGUUUGCACGUGUGGAGUCAAUGUGGCUUGUAGAUUGAUUGCUUUCUUGCUUGGUUAAGAUUUUCUUGUGUAACUUAACCAUGAAAUCUAUAAUACACAAAUUAGUUGGCCUAUACACAAUAAUCACAGGUUACCAUAGUUCUUGAAGGGGAUCUCCCCCCCUUUAUAUUUUAGGUUCUCCUUUAUCACUAGGAUAGGUUCUCGGUUGUUAUCUCUGGUUUUUUUUCCUUCAUAUCAUCAUUCUUUUAAAUUGCAUUUGCGAACCUGCUUUUUUUCAGUGAUCUUGCAAAUCUAUAUAUAACUUAUAUA